UUCUCAAUAACUGCUUCAGAUGAGUCUUUCAGGGAAGUUUGAGAAAUGCUCCUUGGGCCUAAACACAAGUCUGUCUCUUGAAGCCAGUACCAGACCGAACCCCUGCUUUCUGGGGUUCAGACUAGGGUGGGUCUUAAAGGCAACUGCAGGCUAAGCCUCACACUCUGGACCCAAACCAACCAUAACCUCACGUGCACUAGAAGAGCUAGGGUCAGUGUGGAACCUUCUGGGCAGGUCUGCUGUGUUGGAGAAGUAGUUAAGAGCAGUGUCCCAGUCCACAGCUUCGGCUCUGGCAAAGAAGAGCUGUUGCAUGUUUUCUGAGUGGGCCGUCACACACUGACACUAAUGGGAUCUCCAGGGAAGUGAGUAUAAAGAGAAUCAGAGCACAGAGAGGCUGGAGUUCAGAAUUGCAAGUAUUUAAUCUUCUGUUUGCUACCAUCAUGACUCCAGUGCCCUUCCUUGUAAGUCCUUUCUCUCCUCUGAGUUAUGACUUAAUGCUGUUUCUUCUUUUCCCUGAUGUAGACCCUGGACCUGGCAUGCAGAAGCCUCAGCUCUUGGUUCCUGUCAGGGCCACUCCAAAUGGAACUCUGGUCCAUCCAGCAUACUUCCUGCUGGUGGGAAUCCCUGGCCUGGGGCGUGACAUACACUUUUGGCUGGCUUUCCCCCUGUGCUUUAUGUAUGCCAUGGCCACCCUGGGAAACCUGGCCAUUGUCCUCAUCAUCCGUGUGGAAAGGCGUCUGCAUGAGCCCAUGUACCUCUUCCUGGCCAUGCUUUCCACUAUUGACCUAGUCCUGUCUUCUGUCACCAUGCCCAAGAUGGCCAGCCUCUUCCUGACAGGCAUCCAGGAGAUAGGAUUCAAUGUUUGUCUGGCCCAGAUGUUCCUUAUCCAUGCUCUGUCAGCCAUGGAGUCAGCUGUCCUGCUGGCUAUGGCUUUUGACCGCUUUGUGGCCAUCUGUCAUCCACUGCGGCAUGCUUCUGUGCUCACAGGGCCUACUGUGGCCAAGAUUGGACUAGCUGCCCUGACCAGGGGAUUUGUUUUCUUCUUCCCUCUGCCCUUCAUCCUGAAGCGGUUGUCAUACUGCCAAACACAUAUGGUCACACACUCCUUCUGUCUGCACCAAGAUAUUAUGAAGUUGUCCUGUUCUGACACCAGGGUCAAUGUAGUAUAUGGACUCUUCAUUAUCCUAUCAGUCAUGGGUGUGGACUCCCUCUUCAUUGGCUUCUCCUACGUUCUUAUCCUGAAGACUGUGUUGGAGCUGGGUUCUCAGGGGGCAGCACUCAAGGCUUUCAGUACCUGCAUCUCCCAUCUCUGUGCUGUUCUGGUCUUCUAUGUGCCCCUCAUUGGGCUCUCAGUGGUGCACAGGCUGGGGGGCCCUACCUCCCUGCUCCAUGUGAUUAUGGCUAAUAUCUAUUUGCUACUACCACCUGUGGUCAACCCUGUUGUCUAUGGAGCCAAAACCAAGGAGAUCCGUUCACGGGUCCUCCAUAUGUUCUCACAGGGUGGCAGGUGAGCAGAAUAACCUCCUUAGGGCCUUCAAUCCCUGCCAAAUCUGGAAGGAUUAGGAUCUUGUUGAAUGUCUCCGUGAUUGGAGCAUCCAACCCAUCGGGCUGUCAGCUUCUAGAUAUCUAAUUAGAUCUUGGAUUCCUGUUUCCAGGAAAUGUGUUGAUUCAGAAGUGUGGUUCUGAGGAAGUUUUGUUCAGUCCGAAGAAGCAUCCCCAAGCAAAGGGUGCUCCUUGGAAGACUCCGACAUUGGCAGGAAUGAGUCAGUACUAAGUCAUUUGCUGGGGGUAGCCUGCACAAGUGUGACCUUUCUGCUUACAUGGUGGUAGAGCCAGAGAGGCAGCAGCCGGCACUGUUAAUCAGCUGUGCCCCCAGCAGCAGGCUUUUGUGAAGGAGAUUUGAACGUCACACCUCCAUGGCUGCCAUAGCAUCUGACCUUGGACAUUUCAACCAUGUAAGACCUGUGGUACAGGAACUUAGGUGUUUUCUGCCUCCAGCCUUCAGCUGUAUUUAGUUUAAUGUUUAAUAGUUUAGUGAUGUGUAAUUGAUAUACAAUAAAUGGCACACAUUUAAAGUAUACAGUUUGAGGGGCAUCUGGGUGGCUUAGUUGGUUAAGGUCAGUUAAGUGUCCGACUUCGUUUUGGCUCUUGGUUUCGGCUCAGGUCAUGAUCUCAGUUUGUGAGCACAGAGCCUGCUUGGGAUUCUCUCUCUCCCUCUCUCUCUCUGCCCUUCCCCUGCUCACUCUCUCUGUCUCUCUGUCUCUCUCUCUCAAAAUAAAUAAACUUACAAAAUUUAAAAAGUGUACAGUUUGAUAAGUUUUGACAUGUACACACCCAUAAAACCACACCAUAGUCAAGAUAGUGAACAUACUCAUUACCCCCAAAAGUUUCCUUAUACCCCUUUUAAAAUCCUUCAUUCCCAUCUCUCUUGGUCACUCCCUGCUCCAGUUCCCAGGCAACCACUGAAAUGCUUUAUGCUACAUUAGUUUGCAUUUUCUAGAGUUUUAUAUAAAUAGAAUCAUACAAUAUGUACUCCUUUUCUUGCCUGGCUUAUUUUACUCAGCACAAUUAUUUUGAGAUUCAUCCAUGUUGCAGCAUGUAUAAGUAACUUAAUUCUUUUUACUGCUAGGUAACAUUCUAUUAUAUAAUUAUGCCAUAGUUUGUUUAUCCAUUCACCUGUUGUUGGACAUUUAGGAUGUU